CUUCUCUCUUUAUCGCCUCGGUCGACUGUCCCUCCCAACAACAAGAAGAUGAAGAAGCUUCUUUCUCUCUGCUGAAUAGACCCCACCGCCACCACCACCACCACCACCACCACCACCACACACACACGCACAUAUAUAUAUAUAUAUAUAGAGAGAGAGAGAGAGAGUGAAGGAAGAUGAGCAUCUGGAACUACGUCGUCACAGCUCACAAGCCUACCAGUGUCACCCACUCCUGUGUUGGCAAUUUCACCAGCCCUCACGAGCUCAACCUCAUCAUUGCGAAAUGCACCCGUAUUGAAAUUCAUUUGCUUACUCCUCAGGGUUUGCAGCCCAUGUUGGAUGUGCCAAUCUAUGGAAGAAUUGCAACCCUUGAGCUUUUUCGUCCUCAUGGUGAAGCACAAGACUUUCUAUUUAUCGCAACAGAAAGAUACAAAUUCUGUGUGCUUCAAUGGGAUGCUGAAACCUCUGAGCUUAUUACAAGAGCAAUGGGGGAUGUCUCAGAUCGAAUAGGUCGUCCUACAGACCAUGGUCAGAUUGGGAUUAUUGAUCCAGACUGCAGAUUAAUCGGACUUCAUUUAUAUGAUGGAUUGUUUAAGGUUAUUCCUUUUGACAACAAAGGGCAGCUCAAAGAAGCAUUUAAUAUUAGGCUUGAGGAACUUCAAGUUUUGGAUAUCAAGUUUCUCUAUGGUUGUUUGAGACCUACAAUUGUAGUUCUUUACCAGGAUAACAAAGAUGCUCGUCACGUCAAAACAUAUGAGGUUGUUCUGAAGGAUAAAGAUUUUGUUGAGGGUCCUUGGUCCCAGAACAAUCUUGACAAUGGAGCUGCUUUGCUAAUACCAGUUCCUCCACCACUUUGUGGCGUCCUUAUUAUUGGAGAGGAAACAAUAGUCUACUGUAGUGCCAAUGCAUUUAAAGCAAUCCCAACCAGACCUUCCAUAACGAGAGCAUAUGGAAGAGUUGAUGCUGAUGGUUCUAGAUAUUUACUUGGUGAUUAUUGUGGUUUGCUGCACCUACUUGUUAUAACCCAUGAGAAAGAAAAGGUGACUGGACUCAAAAUUGAGCUCUUGGGGGAAACUUCAAUUGCAUCUACCAUAGCUUAUCUUGACAAUGCAGUUGUCUUUGUUGGAUCUAGCUAUGGAGAUUCACAGCUUAUAAAGCUAAAUUCUCAGCCUGAUGCAAAAGGUUCAUAUGUGGAAGUUAUUGAAAGGUACGUCAAUUUGGGGCCAAUUGUUGACUUUUGUGUGGUUGAUCUUGAGAGGCAAGGCCAAGGUCAGGUUGUAACUUGCUCGGGAGCUUAUAAAGAUGGUUCUCUUCGUGUAGUUCGAAAUGGAAUUGGUAUCAAUGAACAGGCAUCAGUUGAACUUCAAGGUAUUAAAGGAAUGUGGUCUCUAAGAACUUCUACUGAUGACCCAUUUGACACCUUCUUGGUUGUAAGCUUUAUCAAUGAGACAAGAAUUUUAGCAAUGAAUCUUGAAGAUGAGUUGGAAGAAACUGAGAUAGAGGGUUUCUGUUCUCAAGUUCAGACUUUGUUUUGCCAUGAUGCUAUCAACAAUCAACUUGUGCAAGUCACUUCGAGCUCUGUGAGGUUGGUAAGCUCUACUUCAAGGGAGCUAAAGCAUGAGUGGACUGCUCCAUCUGGGUAUUCCAUUAAUGUUGCCACUGCUAAUUCCAUGCAGGUCUUGUUGGCUGCUGGAGGAGGCCAUUUAGUUUAUUUAGAAAUUGGUGAUGGUCUACUGACAGAGGCGGCUCACGCACAGUUGGAAUAUGAUAUUUCAUGCCUUGAUAUAAACCCAAUUGGUGGAAAUUCAAGCUAUAGUCAGCUAGCUGCUGUUGGAAUGUGGACGGAUAUUAGUGUCAGAAUAUUUUCACUACCUGACCUAAAGCUUAUCACAAAGGAGCAUCUUGGGGGAGAGAUAAUUCCUCGCUCUGUUCUCCUAUGUGCUUUUGAAGGGAUAUCCUAUUUAUUAUGUGCUCUUGGUGAUGGGCAUCUCUUGAACUUUCUAUUGAACACAAAUACUGGUGAGUUAACUGAUAGGAAAAAGGUGUCUCUUGGAACUCAGCCUAUAACACUUCGUACCUUUUCAUCCAAGAACACCACAUAUGUAUUUGCUGCAUCGGACAGACCAACUGUCAUCUAUAGCAGUAAUAAGAAGAUGCUUUACAGCAAUGUAAAUCUGAAAGAAGUCAGCCAUAUGUGCCCUUUCAGCUCUGCAGCAUUUCCAGACAGCCUUGCAAUUGCAAAAGAAGGUGAACUCACCAUUGGCACCAUUGAUGAUAUCCAGAAGCUGCACAUCCGUUCUAUUCCACUGGGGGAGCAAGCACGACGCAUCUGCCAUCAGGAGCAGUCUAGGACCUUUGCCUUCUGCAGUUUAAAAUAUAACCAGUCUGGUACAGAAGAGUCUGAAACACAUUUGAUCCGCCUGUUAGAUGAUCAAACCUUUGAGUUCAUAUCAACUUAUCAACUUGAUACUUUUGAGAAUGGUUGCUCCAUACUUAGCUGCUCUUUCUCAGACGAUAAUAAUGUAUACUACUGUGUUGGGACUGCAUAUGUGCUGCCAGAAGAAAACGAGCCAUCCAAGGGUCGUAUUUUAGUGUUUAUUGUUGAAGAUGGGAAGUUCCAGCUUAUUGCAGAGAAGGAAACUAAGGGAGCUGUUUACUCAUUAAAUGCCUUCAAUGGAAAACUCCUUGCUGCUAUUAAUCAAAAGAUACAGUUGUACAAGUGGAUGCUUCGGGAUGAUGGUACACGGGAAUUACAAUCCGAGUGUGGGCAUCAUGGACAUAUACUUGCGCUUUAUGUACAGACUAGGGGGGAUUUCAUUGUCGUUGGUGAUUUAAUGAAGUCAAUUUCCUUGUUAAUGUACAAGCACGAGGAAGGAGCCAUUGAGGAACGAGCUCGUGACUAUAAUGCAAACUGGAUGUCAGCAGUUGAGAUUCUUGAUGAUGACAUUUACCUUGGUGCUGAGAAUAGCUUUAACCUCUUCACUGUUAGGAAGAAUAGUGAAGGUGCCACUGAUGAGGAAAGAGGCCGUCUUGAGGUGGUUGGUGAAUAUCACCUUGGAGAAUUCAUCAAUCGGUUUCGGCAUGGUUCUCUUGUCAUGCGCUUGCCAGAUUCCGAUGUAGGCCAGAUUCCAACCAUCAUUUUUGGCACUGUCAAUGGAGUAAUUGGUGUCAUUGCAUCACUUCCUCAUGAACAGUAUGUCUUUUUUGAGAAGCUCCAGUCAAACAUGAGGAAGGUGAUAAAGGGUGUUGGAGGUUUGAGCCAUGAGCACUGGAGGUCAUUCAGCAAUGAGAAGAAAACUGUAGAGGCCAGAAAUUUCUUGGAUGGAGAUCUGAUUGAAUCAUUUGUUGAUCUGAGCCGUAGUAAGAUGGAUGAGAUAUCAAAACAAAUGCAAGUCUCGGUAGAAGAGCUCUGCAAGAGAGUAGAAGAGUUGACCAGGCUGCAUUGAUAAUCUCAAUAAAUUUAUUUUCUUGUUCAAUUGUUAAUUCUUUUUUAAUGGUUUUUACUCUCUUUUUGGUUCUGUUUUGGAAUGCAUGGGGUAUGAAGUAUUACUUUGCCUCGAGUUUUACUAAAAAUAUUCAUGUGUAUUGUAUCUUUUGAUAUGCAGUGUAAAAAUAUUUGGAGAAA